AUGAGCGCACCAGUCGACCCGACGCCGGACGAGGUUCGCGCCCGCGCCCUGCUGACCGCCGCCCGGAUGGCGGACGCCUGUGGCGACCAGCUGGAAGCCAGUCGCCUGUUUCGCCGCGCCGGCAACUUUUUCAAACUGGACCAGCAAUGGCACGCGGCCGGCGCCGCCUUCCAAACCGCCGCUGGGCUGAAACUGCCGUUCGAGGUGGAAGCCAACACCGACCCGUAUCUGACCACCGGAGCGCGGCAGAUUACGGCCGCCGAUCUGCUGAAGACGGCCAGCGACUGCUUCGUCAAAGCCAAGGACACCGGCGCGGCGGUGACCUGUCUGCAGACGGCCGCGGACCUCCUGACCGAAGACGGGGACUUCACCACGGCCGCCGGGUACUGCACGGAAGUGGGGAACAUGCUGGCGCCGCGGGACGCCGACGCCGGGAUUCGUUACUACGAGAAAGCCGCUCGCCUGCGCGAGGCCGCGGCGGACGUGUUCGGACGGAAGGCUGCCGACACCGCGUGGAUGACGGUGGGAGAGUGGCUGGCCCGGAAGGGUGCCUACAUCGCCGCCAUCGACCUUUUCGAAGGACUCGCGGACCGCAUCAUCCGGGAACCCAGCGCGGAGGAUUACGCCAGCAAGCACGGCAUCUACGUGGAGGGCGCCACGAAGCCGGAGCGCCAGUGCGUCUUCCGGGCGGUCCUCUGCUACUUAUGCCGCGAUGGGCCGUCGGCUGCCCAGGCGGCCGUGGCGCGCUGGGACGCCAAGCUGCCAUCGUCGGGAUCAUUCGAUCAGGAACGGAACGUCUUGCGGCAGGCGAUGGGCGGCGCCGAGAACCGCUUCACCGCCGACAGCAUUGCCAAGAUCUUGCAGGCGCCGGAGAAUACCACCGACAGCUACCCGGGUUCAUUCGGUCCCCCGGCGCAUCGUUUGGACGAGUGGACCAGAAUGAUGCUGGGCCGUGCGCUGCAGAUGCUGCGUGAUGCCGAAUACCAGGCGCAGCGCUGA